GGAAGAUUAACGAACUCGUUUAUCUCACGAAAUCUUGGUUUAGCCAAGAGAAAUCGCAGAUUUCAUUGAGAGGAAGAGGAAGCAAAAACAAGGAUUGUGAAAUGGAGGAAGCGAAGUCAAUGACUCAGCAGCAGCGGCAAUUUCUCUUCCAGAAACAGAAACAGCAACAGCAACAGCAGCAAAUGCUUCUCUUACAACAGCUUCAGAAACAGGCCCAGCAUCAACAACAGCAGCAGGCGAUUUCUCGGUUCCCUUCCAACAUUGAUGCCCAUUUACGUACGACUCCCGGUGUUCUUCCCAAUCGUCCUAUUAACAUCCAUCAAAACCCUAAUUCUGCCCCCAACCCUAACCCUAAUCCCCCUCCUAGUUCACAACAACCACCGCAGCAGCCUCCACAAUCACAGCCUCAGCAGCAGCAGCAGCAACAACAGCCGCUGCAGCAGCAGAAGCAAAUCCGACCUUUGAACCAAGCGGAACUCCAGAUGGCUUAUCAGGAUGCUUUGCGUGUUUGUCACCCUGAUUUCAAACGACCUUUUUCUUCCCUUGAAGAUGCAUGUGAGAGGUUACUACCUUACCAUGUUGUAGCAGAUUAUGAGGCAGAGGAGGAUGACAGAAUUCUUGAUUCUGACCCAACUGGCCCAUCUCGUUCCCAGCAGUGGGAUCACAACAUUGCUGCCAAAGUUGCAGAGUUCACAGCCACAUUCGAGAAACAGGCACUUGCCUUCAACAUAAUAUCUCGCAAACGAACCGCGGGGGAAUUCCGAUCCGAGGAAAGGUUGAUGGUUGAGCAGGCUCUUCUGCAGGAAGAGAAGAGAGCCAUGCUCGAGUUGAGAUCAGAAAUAGAAUCUAGGGAGAAGGCUGGUCGGGAGGCUAAGAUGCGAAUGGCAGCAAUGGUGCAGGCAGAGCAAGCUCGAGCAGAAUCCCAAGCCCCUGCUGACAUAUUGGCCCGAGGCCCUAUAAGGGCAAAUGCUGUCGGAUCUCAGGGAGGCAACCUUCCAAUGAGUCAUGACAUUGGGGAGCAGUCACAGGGUGUAGGCCCUGAUGAGAUGAUGAAUGGAUGGGGGAACAAUGCACAGAGGGACGAAAAGGAGCCAUCUGAAGAUUUCUUAAAUGACGAAGAGACCGACAACGGAGAGCAGAAUGAAUGGCGUGAAGUUGGGGAGUUUGAUUUGAACAGUAGAUGAGUCGUGAAUGGUGGUCAUUGUUGGCAUUUUGAUGUCUGCGUUUCCGUCCUUGUUUUUCCGUUUAUAACAUUUUCUUCACCUUGUGUUAGAUUGUAUUUAUGUUGUCUUAGACAAGCGAAAGCAAGUAAUUCAGUUGCUGUGAUGAGCCGCUUGAGGCUUCCAAUUAUCCUUUUAAACCAUCUUUGUAAGUAAAUGAA